CUUCCCUAUGGGUUGCGUAUCCGGCUCCGCCGGGGGUAGGGCAGCAACAGCCCCAGCCGCCGUCGGCGCCGCCGUUAUUGUUCGGUCGGCCGGUCGCCGCCAAUGGGUGAGCCGCGGGAGCUCCGCAGCCGAGCCGUGGGCUCCAACGGCCGCCGGCGCCAACGAUCCAAACCGAAUAUGGCACCAGCAACAGAUGACUUUGGAUCAGAUGGCUUUUCGCCAAAAUCCAGUACAAAUAAGCUGCAUCAGGCAAUGUCAACGGAUGAAUCACCAGACUCUAAAUGUCCAAUAUGCUUGGACAAAUUUGAAAAUGUGGCCUAUUUGAAUCGUUGUUACCAUAGAUUCUGCUUCCGAUGUGUGCAGGAGUGGUCCAAAAACAAAGCAGAAUGUCCGCUCUGCAAACAGCCUUUUCACUCUAUCAUCCAUAGUAUGCGGUCUGAUGAUGACUUCAAGGAGUAUAUCGUACGACCUUCAGAGAAUGGAUCUUUUGGUAAUCCAGAUGGGAGGCGAUUCCGUUACCGGACUACAUUAACAAGGGAACGACGUACAUCAGUUUUUCCUCGAAGAAAUGCCGCAUCACGAAGGACAACAUCUCCUCCAGACAACGGGAUAUUGUUUGAAAGCUUGUCAAGUCAACCACCAAGGCACAGAAAUGUGGAAAUGUACCAGAUGAUUAGACGUCUUUCAUCACUGCGACAGGCUAACUCAGAGGGUAGAUCUAUGCGACAGAUUCAAGAGCAGGAGAUUAUUAACUUUCGAAGGGCAUUGUAUCGCUCUGGUAUACGUGUUAGAAGCAUUGAAGAUGGAGGUCGUUACAGAGACAUAUCUGCUGAAUUUUUUCGCAGGAAUCCUGCCUGCCUUCACAGGCUAGUUCCAUGGUUAAAGCGUGAGUUGACAGUCCUGUUUGGUGCUCAUGGUUCCCUAGUCAACAUUGUCCAACAUAUCAUCAUGAGCAAUGUGACUAGGUAUGAUUUGGAGAGCCAGGCAUUUGCUGAUGACUUAAAACCUUUCUUACUGCAUCGCACAGAACACUUUUUACAUGAGUUCAUUAGCUUCGCUAGAUGCCCUUUUAACAUAGAUGCCUAUGAUCAGCAUGCCAACUAUGAUUGUCCUGCUCCAUCUUAUGAAGAAGGAAGCCGCUCUGAUUCCUCCAUAAUUACAAUCUCUCCAGAUGAAGCAGAAUCCCAGGAACCGGAACGUAAUGCCUUUACAACUGGAAUCGGUCAGGCACCUUGGGAUGAUGAAACACCAGGCCCCUCGUAUUCCAGUGCAACAGAGCAAGUUUGUCCUGCUGUGUCAGCCUCCUUGGACACUUCAGAAAGCUCCGAUGAUGAGCCCCCAGGCAACGCAACUGAGUCACAAAUGGAGUUACCUGCUAGUGUGGAGACAAAUGAUGACAGUGAAGCCUCCUCUGAUAACUGUGUUAUUGUUGGCUAUGUGAAGCCGCUAGCAGAAAGAACACCUGAACUUGUUGAGUUAUCUUCAGACUCUGAGGGAUCAGUUGAUGAUAGUAAAAGUGAAGAUGUGAGCAAAGUGCUGCCUAUCCAGUAUCAAAGUUUCAGUGAUACUGAUGUCAGUGGGUAUGCAACACCCUCCUCUCUUGGAUCCAGGGAUGGGAGAUCCAGUUAUAAGGGCAAUAUGUCCCUCUCGAGUAAGAUAAAAUCCAAAAGGAGAGAAACGGAGAAAGGUAAAACAAGGGAGUCUACUGCAAGGAAUUGGCUACGAAGCUCUGUUGCAAAACGAGGUGGAGGUAGUGACGAUGAUGAUGAUUACAGAUUACCUAAAAGAAGGAGGUCUGAAUCUUAUUCACAACAUUCUCACAACAAAGAACACCUUGGCCUGAAAAGUAAGAAAAAGCAUCACAGCAUGGAAAAACGGAGAAGGAGACGGGAUUACAGCCGGCACAAGCACAAGAGAGACAAGAAGAAAUCACGAGAUGAGAGUCUGUCUCGAAAAAGCCAGACUCUUUCUCUAAGUAGUGACAGCAUUGUAUCACGGGAUUUAAGCCGAUCCAGAUCCCGGAGCAAUGAGUAUAGCAGGAGACGAUCAAAAAGCAAAGACAGUGAUUAUUACCUAAGAGACAAUUACCAAAGCAGGUACAAAUGGGAAUAUACUUUUUAUAGUACCAACAUAGCCCGAGAUGGUUAUGAAUACAGAAAGCGGACUGAGGCCAGAGCUCACUAUUCAAGGCAAUCUUCUAGCCCGGACUACAGAGUGCAGGCUUUCUCUGAACGGACAGAUAGUCGAAAUCCUAGAGGCCAUAAUGAAAGCAGAUAUUACUACUAUGAAAGGCGCAGAACAAGAAGUCGAUCUAACAGCAGAUCUAGGACUCCUCCUAUAGGACCAGAGAGAAUGCGAUCCGAAAAGCCCAGUGGAAAAAGGAAGUAUAAAACGCGCCACUUAGAGAGUGCCCACAGAGGCAGUGAAGAAGCCUCUUCUACCAAGGAAGGAAAUGCUCUUCAGAAACAUUUGCCAAAAUAUAGGAGCAGUUACAAAAGAAAAGAGAGUUUUUUGGACAUUCAACAGGAGCCUGAAAGUCAACCCCCCAAAAGGAGGAAAAAGUCAAGAAGCCCAAGUGUAGAAAUCAUUUAUGAAGGGAAAGCCACUGAUGCUAGGCAUCAUAAGAAGAAAAGGAAAAGGGGGAAGAAAUCACACAAAAGCCAUACGGGCUGCUCUGCAUUUUCUUCUCCUGUUAUUAUUACAAUUGACAGUGACAGUGAUAAAGGGCUUGAAACCCAGGGGAAUACUGAGUGUGACAGUAGCUUUUCCUGGAGCCCUUCAGUGCCACAAAAUGAGAGAGACGCAGAGUCUCCUUCCUCCCUCUUUGAAAGCAGAGACUGUAACGAUAGAGAUGAUGAAAUGGAAAGUAUGGGUAGGGACAAUAAUGUUCCCACCACUGCAGGAGAUGCGCAAGAUGAAAUUCUAGAUGGAGUUCCACAGCUCCAGGGUACACCCAAUGGACAUAUUUCUCCUGUGUCAGAUGAUCAGUCAUUGGACACAGAAAAUCAACAUAGCAAUGUAGAAACUGAGUUAUCCAACCAGUUGUCAGCGGUUAGAACAUCUUUAAUACUAAAACUGUCAAAGAAACUGAUGGAAAAUUCACACCGUCAGGACUCACCAAACCAGAAAGUGUAACUUUUUACUCAGUUGUUUUUAAACAAAGGGCCGGGGAAUCUUACAAUUAGAUUUUUCCUAAAUGCAAAAAACCAUUGUGGUUUCUUUGCUAAAGUUUAUGAAAUUACUUCUGUGUGAAGUAUCUCUGAACUUUGAGGUUUUGCACUUAAAUCCAUGAAUGUCGCUAGUAUCUGCCACCCUCUCCAGUUUUCAAACUAUGUUAAACAUUUCCUGUGUCAAAAAAUACUGUAUUGUUCCUCUGUAAUAUAGGUCCCCUGACAUGUCACUGUUUUUAAAACUGUACAGUUAGAAAAUAAUUUUGAUGGUUGCAUUUUUUAUUCAUGUAAAGGGAAAAAUUCAGGUUUCAUUUUGCCAUAAUUUUGAUUUAUAUAGCUUAUUUUGCUCUAGGCCUAUAAGGAUCCAUGAUUGCUGUAAAUAUUUUGGUUCAGACUGCCCAUUAAAAACAUAGAUUUCA